AUGUGGCUCAUUUUAAUUUUCGGACUCAUCUCUAUAAUCGCAACCAUCAAAUAUUCUCUGGAACGUCGCAGGUGAAAACUCUCCAAUUCGUUGCUUAUUCACUAAAAUGAUCAUUUCAGAAAAGCCAAGGCGGUCGCUUUCUUCCAUCCGUAUUGCAAUGCCGGUGGAGGUGGAGAACGAGUUCUCUGGGCAGCUAUCCGGUCGCUGCAAAAAAGGUCAACCAUCUAUUCGUCGGUACAAAUUUAUCCAAUUUCCGUUUCCAGAUUCCCCGAGCUGAAAUACUACGUGUACUCCGGCGAUACCGAUGCCACGAAAGAGCAGAUUCUUUUGAAAGCGAGACAACGAUUUGGAAUAGAAUUAGACCCAGCCAACGUGCAUUUCGUGUAUCUCCGGUUAGUGAUUCCUUUCUCGUUUCUCUGAUCGCUCUUCAAAUCCACUCGAGAGUUCUUUACUAUUUGUUUAAUUCAAUUCCAGCUGGCGCCGUCUCGUUGAAGCGGACCUCUAUCCGGUGCUCACUAUGCUCGCCCAGGCUCUCGCCGGUUGGGCUCUUGCUUUGGAGGCGUUGUACCAUUUCGUCCCGGAAGUAUUCAUCGACUCCAUGGGUUAUCCACUGUCCCUUACGACUUUCCGAUUUGCCGGAUGCCGCGUCGCCGCCUACGUUCACUACCCAACAAUUUCUCGUGAUAUGCUCGAUGUCGUCGACCGGAGACAGGCCGCAUUCAACAACCGGGACGUCAUUGCACAGAGCAACAUUCUCUCGUUGCUUAAGGUUCGAAAAAGUUUGAAAGGGUUAUUCCGAAAAGUGCAGUUUCAGCUUUAUUAUUAUCGAUUGUUCGCUGUUGCGUACCGAUGGGCCGGAAAAGCUGCAAACGUGGUUAUGGUCAACGGGAGGUAAAUCGUUUUCUAAAAAUAUCUGAAAUAAAUCUGAUUUUGACAGCUGGACUCAACGCCAUAUCACUUCAAUCUGGUCUCGGAGGGACGUGAGCAUUGUGUAUCCGCCGUGCGACGUCGAGGCUUUCAUGAACAUCGAAUCUGUCGCAGAGAACUUGUGAGUGCCCCAACAUUUGGCAGAAAAGUCAGAAGUAAAUUACUUAAGGCUGGAAGAGUCGAAGACAGUCCGUAUAUUGUCAGUCGGGCAAAUUCGUCCAGAGAAGAACCACAAACUGCAGAUUGAAGUACUUCAUGAAGUCAAAAAGCUAUUAAGAGAAAUGGGGUACAAUGUGCAAUUGUGCAUCGCAGGAGGUUGUCGUAACAUAGAAGACGAACAGAGAGUGGAGAGUCUGAAAAGGCUCGCAGAAGAGUUGGAUGUCACUGAAAAUCUGUUUUGGCAACUAAACGUGCCUUAUGAGGAUUUGAUAUCCGAGCUAUCAGUAAAAAGACAUCUGAACUUUGUCAACUUUUAUUUCAAUUUCAGAAAGCCCUAAUCUCAGUUCACACGAUGCACAAUGAGCAUUUCGGAAUUUCGGUCGUCGAAGCGAUGGCUGCCUCCACAAUCAUUAUAGCAAACGAUUCGGGUGGUCCCAAAAUGGAUAUCGUUAAAGACUACGAGAAUCACUGUGUUGGAUAUUUGUCCGUUUCGAAGGACGAGUACGCGCAGACGAUUCUGCACAUUCUGAAGGAAGGGCGUCCGAGGAGAGAUGAAAUCAGAGAGUACGCUCGCAAAUCGUUGGAUCGAUUCGGGGAGGCGACAUUCGAGGUGAGUCAUACACUGAUCUGUGUGGAAAUAAUUCAUUUUUCAGAGUCUGUGGAACGAACAGAUUGGAACUCUUGUGAUUUCUCGAUGA